UGUGGUAUUUGUCGUUGACGGUUACGAAGAGCGAUUUAACUUCGAAUCAUCGUCGCGAACGCCAAGUAACGGAGUCAACGUUGAACCAUCGUAGCAUCCAGUCCGAUUAUUCUAAACGAAUCUUAAUUUGAAUUUAUAUUAUCAUAGGGUUUUUCGUUGACGCUAUUCGUACCGUUCCGCCAUUGUCAUCAAUGUCAUUAAGUCCUGACGUAAAGUAAUUACAUGCAAUUUUACGUUUUCAUCAUUUUCGAUUGCGAGUGUCUUUAAUUAUUUGCAGGCCCAAAAUGGACUGGAGAGAAGGAAUAAAUGUAUUGUACGACGUGUUGACUUUUCUAUGGCUGUCGGUGAUAUACAUGACGGAAUCAAUAGUUUUAAGUCUAAUACCGCUAAAUUUACGGGGAAAAAAUAUAAAAGGUGAAGUCAUUUUGGUAACUGGAGGCGCUGCCGGUAUAGGAAGAUUAAUCGCCAUCAAAAUGUCUAUGCUCGAUGCUCACGUCAUUGUUUGGGAUAUCAAUGAAUCUGUCUCAAUCAUCUUUUUUUCAGGGGUCGUGAAUACUGUUAAAGAGAUACAGGAAGCCGGAGGAAAGUGCUCUGGCUAUGUUUGCGACAUUGGCAAUCGAGAGGAUGUGUAUAAAACCGCGAAAACCGUUCAGACUGAAAUUGGCAUGGUGACUGGAAUAAUCAACAAUGCUGGAUACGUUUGUGGUAAAACUUUGAUGGAGUUGCCAGAUGAUGAGAUUGACAAAACAUUUAAAAUAAAUAUUUUGGCGCAUUACUGGAUUAUUAAAGCCUUUUUAAAGGAUAUGAUGAAAGAAAAUCAUGGACACAUAGUGACUAUUGCAAGCGUAGCUGGUCUUCUCGGUACUUACAAUUGUACUGAUUAUUCUGCAACCAAAUUUGCUUGCAUAGGAUUUCAUGAGAGUCUUUUUACGGAGCUCAAAACUAAUGGAUAUGAUGGGAUUCACAUGACUCUCGUGUGUCCAUAUUUCAUAAACACGGGGAUGUUCAAUGGUGUUCGGCCUCGAUUAAUGCCAAUGUUAGAGCCUGAUUACGUUGCGAGACAGAUAGUUGAUGGAAUACUGACCAAUCAAGUAAAUGUAACUUUACCGAUAUCCACGAAAUUCUUCAUGCCCUUGAAAUGCUUACUACCAGCAAAAUUGUGUUGGGCUCUGAUGUAUAAAAUAAUCCAAGGACCACAAUCUAUGAUGAUGCUGACAGAACGUAAAGAACGUGAGACAAGUAAAGCUUGAAUUACAAAUGGACCUCACAAAUAUUCAAUACUUGUCUAUUCGAUGAGGAACAUACUCAUUCGAAGCCAGUUUAGGAAAUAGUAUGGUAUUCGGCUCAUGUUGGUUGGUCACUUCAUUCUUUUAUCGUACAAUGGCGCUCCCUUCAAAUUAAAAUUACCGUAGUAUCUCAUUGACAAGUUAGUACUUUUUUUCAAGAGCUAAGAAUAAAUCUGAUUGUUGGAAAUUUUAUUUACUUUUAAAUUAAAACCUGCUGAACCGAUUGCAACUAACUUUCAUAAGAUCAAAGGCAUCAUUCAAACCAAGUCUGUUGUUUUAUGAAAUUUUGACAUUUCGUUUUUCAUGGAAACGGGACUACAGAGCUCAAAUGUAUUCUUUAAUUUCAAAAUUAAAGCCUCAGGCCAUCCUAGAAUUUUCGAAAAAUCGACUUUUUUUAUUUCAAAUGGUCACUUGGGAUUUUAAAAAUGAUGUCCCAAAAUAUUAUGGCCUGGAGAGACCUCUAAAUACUCAUUUUUUGAAUUUUAUUUAUAUAUAGUAAUUGUACUAUAUAAUUGUUUCAAUAAUAUCUAUAUCUGUUUCAAUAAUACUA